UUUGCAGUGCAGUAGUACGUGUAGUACCGUUGCUGUGUUUAACGUUGGUGCCAUGUCUCAAGCUUCUUCCAGAGAUGAUAUGUCGACGGCGAGUAGUGAUCUUCCGUUUCUGGGGCCUCGCCAGGCUAUGGAGCUUCAAGAACUCACCCGGAGGCCGAGGCAUAGCGUCUCCAUGACGCUCGGUGAGCUUCUGCACCGCGUCGGAGACUCCGCCGGGGAAAAACUUAACAACGGCGUCGGCGGCGCCAAUGAUCAUCGUGUUCUCCAACUCUAUGAUCCCGUGCCGUAUCCUAGCUCGUUUCCGUUUGUUCUGUCGUUCCACAAUCUGUCGUACAGCGUGAAGGUCCGGCGAAAGAUGGGGGUUCCGGCGUGGCUGGGGAGGAGGACGGCGGCGCCGUCUCAGGUGGAGAAUGACGUGAAGGUGUUGCUGGACGACAUCUCCGGGGAAGCUAGGGAGGGGGAGAUCAUGGCGGUUUUAGGCGCCAGCGGCUCCGGGAAAUCGACGCUGAUCGACGCGCUGGCUAACAGAAUUGCGCGGGAAAGCUUGGGAGGGACGGUGAAGAUGAACGGAGAGGUUUUAGAAUCCAAGCUGCUGAAAGUGAUAUCGGCGUAUGUUAUGCAAGACGAUCUUCUGUUCCCGAUGUUAACAGUGGAGGAGACGCUGAUGUUCUCCGCCGAGUUCCGCCUCCCUCGCAGCCUCUCCCGUUCCCGGAAGAAGGCCCGAGUCCAAGCCCUAAUCGAACAGCUCGGCCUCCAAACCGCCGCGAAAACCGUCAUCGGCGACGAGGGCCACCGCGGCGUCUCCGGCGGGGAGCGCCGCCGCGUCUCCAUCGGAAUCGACAUCAUCCACGACCCUAUCGUCCUCUUCCUCGACGAGCCAACCUCCGGCCUCGACUCCACCAGCGCAUUCAUGGUGGUCAAAGUUCUCCAGAGAAUCGCGCAGAGCGGCAGCAUUGUAAUCAUGUCCGUCCAUCAGCCCAGCUACAGAAUCCUCAACCUUCUCGACCGUCUGAUCUUCCUCUCCAAAGGCCAAACGGUUUUCAGCGGCUCCCCUUCCAGUCUCCCCAGAUUCUUCCAGGAAUUCGGGAAUCCAAUCCCGGAGAACGAAAACCGCUGCGAAUUCGCCCUGGAUUUCAUCCGAGAACUCGAGCAAUCCCCGGAAGGAACUAAGAAUCUAGUGGAUUUCAACAAAUCCUGGCAGAGAAAAUUCUCCCCUUCCUCAACCUCCAACCGUAACAAUGUCUUCCCAAAUCCAAAACCCUCCCUCAAGGACGCCAUUAGCGCGAGCAUUUCGAGGGGGAAAUUAGUGUCCGGAGCUACAAACAUAAACUCAACUCUUUCACCUUCCGUCCCCAAAUUCGCCAACCCGUUCUGGGUGGAAAUGGUGGUGAUUGGGAAAAGAUCCAUGGUGAAUUCCCUGAGAAUGCCGGAGCUAUUCGCGAUGCGAUUCGGAGCAGUUGUUGUAACAGGAAUCAUUCUCGCGACGAUCUUCUGGAAAUUGGACGAUUCUCCGAAAGGAAUUCAGGAGCGAUUAGGGUUCUUCGCCUUCGCCAUGUCCACAACCUUCUACACCUGCGCAGAAGCCAUCCCUGUUUUCCUGCAAGAGCGAUACAUUUUCAUGAGGGAAACAGCUUACAACGCCUACCGUCGUUCCUCCUAUGUUCUCUCCCACUCCAUUAUCUCCCUCCCAUCGUUAGCGUUCCUCUCCCUCGCCUUCGCCGUCACCACAUACUGGGCGGUAGGGCUCGCCGGCGGUUUCUCCGGCUUCCUCUUCUUCCUCCUCUUCGUCUUCGCCUCUUUCUGGGCGGGUUCCUCCUUCGUCACAUUCCUCUCCGGGAUCAUCUACAAUGUCAUGAUCGCCUACACGCUCGUCGUCGCCAUUCUCGCCUACUUCGUCCUCUUCAGCGGCUUCUUCAUCAACAGGGAUCGAAUCCCGCCCUACUGGAUCUGGUUCCACUAUGCUUCUCUGGUGAAAUAUCCUUUCCAGGGAGUUCUGCAGAACGAGUUCGACUAUCCAGACAAGUGUUUCGUGAAGGGGAUCCAGAUUUUCGACGGGUCGCCAUUGAAGGCCGUCCCUGAAGCUAUGAAACUUAAGCUGCUGCAGAACAUGAGCAAGACGCUGGGAAUCAACAUCACGAGCUCGACUUGCUUGACCACAGGGCCUGAUAUCUUGAAGCAGACUGGCGUUACUGAUAUAAACAAAUGGAAUUGCCUUUGGAUCACCAUUGCCCUAGGGUUCUUCUUCAGGUUGCUGUUCUAUUUUGCUUUGUUGAUUGGGAGCAAGAACAAGAGGAGGUGAAUUGAAUUGAAUUGAAGCGUGUCAUCAAUGGCAGAAAUCUCAUCUAAUCAAACAUUUCUUGGAACAAAAAUUUGGGAAUUAUAUAUAUUUUCUGCUUCUUUUUUCAAACUUCAUUUCCCUUCUUCUUCUUCAUCUUCUUCUUCUUGUGUUUGUUUGGAGAUGGUUGUAUGGUAGUUCAAUUCAUGGGGUUUCUAAACAUAGUUACAAAGUAGAUGUACCAAUUAUUGGUAAAACAGCUUAAGAUGUAGUCCUAAUAACAGUAAUUAUUUUCAGGUAAUGCAAAUUUGUUUGGUUUUAUUCUCA